UGCUGCUUUCUAGUGCUUGCCCCAGUUUCCUCUCCAGCAAACAGUAACUUGGGGUUCCCCCCUCCCUGACGGGAUGACAAGGAGCUAGGUGUAGAAAGUCUUGUCUGACAAGCAGAGACCAUUGUUUGAUUUAUUAUUCUUAGGUUAGCAGACAUGGGCGGCUGACCCACGAGGGCUGCGGAAGACAGUUUACUUCCUUCCUCUUUUUGUAGCUAUCUCCUAAAUCUCAACCAGACGCCGAUCCAGUUCUUGAAAGAUUUUAAGGACCCAGAUGUUUCAGAAUGCAUGUCCUGGAAGCCGAUGGCUGCCUCAACCACUGGCGAUUUUGCUGCUGUUUGCUGUUGCAGACGGGCAGACAGGAGAUCUUCCCAAGGCUGUGGUGAAACUUGAGCCCCCGUGGAUCCGGGUGCUCAGGGAAGACCUUGUGACCCUGAAGUGCGAGGGGCCCCACAACCCCGGGAACUCUUCCACCCAGUGGCUCCACAAUGGGAGCUCCGUCCCGAGCCAGGUCCAGCCCAGCUACAAGUUCACAGCCGCGGUCAAUGACAGCGGAGAAUACCGGUGCCGGAUGGAGCGGAGCAGCCUCAGCGACCCUGUACAUCUGUAUGUGAUUUCCGACUGGCUGCUGCUCCAGACAGCUAAACUAGUGUUUGAGGAAGGUGAAACCAUCGUGUUAAGGUGCGACAGCUGGUUGAACAAACGCCUGAACAAGGUUACAUUCUACCAGAAUGAAAAAGCUGUGAAAUUUCAUCAUUACAACGACACGUUCUCCAUCUUAAAAGCCAACCACAGUCACAGUGGUGACUACUACUGCAAAGGAUUUCUAGGAAGUCGAUAUCAGUUGUCCAAGCCUGUGACCAUCACUGUCCAAGGUUCAGAUCCUGUGUCUAUCACCUCUCUGCUUUGGUACCAGCUUGCUUUCUGCCUAGCGAUGUGCCUCCUGUUUGCCGUGGACACGGGGCUUUAUUUCUGCGUGUGGAGAAAGCUUCAGCCUUCACGGGAGUACUGGAGGGAAACCCUGUCAGUGAGAAAGAGCAAGGCUCCUCAGGACAAGUGACAUCUCAGCGUGGCCGCUGCAUCUUUUCAGCCACACCGUUGCUUCUCCCGCAGUCUUCCUUUGAAAGCAACUUUCUGCUAGGUCUGAUGUUUGAUCCUGCAAUUACAACUGCUUAGGAGGCUGAGGCAGGAGGAUCCCUGGUUCAAGACCUGCCUGGGUUAUAUAUAGAGUGAGUGCACGUCUAGCCUGGGAAAACUCUGUGGGAUCCUAUUUCAAGGAAAGAAGGCUGGCGUGGGCUGUACAGGUAUGUUGUUGAGAUGGCUCCCCAGAAAGGGUGCCUGUUGCUAAACCUGCCAGAAGACCAGAGUUUGAUCCCUGGCACCCAUAUAGCAGAAGGAAAGAACAAAUUCCUCAAAGUUGUCCUCUGACCUCCCCACGCCCACCAUGGCGGAAGCGCCUUCUCUCUCUAAAUGCACAGAAAAUAAAUACAUUAAAAUGCGCUACUUUUUUAAAAAAAAAAAAAACAAAAAAACAAGAAGCAGGCGGUGAGCUGAGGAUUGGUGACAGAGCUGUUAUCCAAUAUACAUGAUGCCCUGGCUUUGACCUUCUGCAAUAAAACAAAAAAUCAACCUGAACUAA